GCCUUCCAUGAGUUUGUACAUAAUGGACCCCUCGACUAUUUGCAAGCUGUUCUUUGGUCUGGGGACUGCUGUCGAUCUUGGAGGCACUUUAAUACCUUCGUUCAGGGAGAGUAUCAUGAAUUAUGGUUCUCGCGGGAUCAAUACUCGGCCAACUAAUGCUGACGAUUCCAAAUCCAGGCUCAAAAGGAUCUUCGAAUAUAUUGCCGCUAUUCAAGUCCCUCAUACCUGGUUCACUCACUACUACAUCGUCUCCGUGGCUUCUUCGAUAUUCUGGGCUCACCAGAUAUAUACACAUGGGCCAGCUUUCGAGUAUCUCGUCUCUCAUUCAAAACACGACCCGGAAGGAGUGACCGUCAACCAGAUAUUCAUGGCAUGGCUUUUCAUGGCUCUUCAAGGCUCUAGGCGUCUGUACGAAUCUAUCACACUCACGAAGCCUUCAAAGUCAAAAAUGUGGGUUGGACUUUGGUUGAUCGGUAUUGCAUAUUACGUUUUCAUGGGAAUUUCUGUCUGGAUUGAAGGAAUUGAAAUUUUAAAUCAGAGCGACGUGGAAGUAAAGCUGUCGAAACCAUCUGUCAAGACCCUUCUUGCGGCUCCGCUCUUUCUUCUAGCAUCUGGGGUCCAGCAUGAGUGUCACAAGCAUCUUGCUAGUCUCAAGAAAUAUACUCUCCCACAGCAGCGUUUCUUUAGAUACGUUGUUUGUCCACACUAUACCAGCGAAUGCCUGAUAUAUGUAGCUAUAGCAAUCGUGGCAGCCCCCAAAGGUUAUCUCCUGAAUAGGACGGUACUCGCGGGUCUUGGAUUUGUGGUUUCGAAUCUUGGUGUAACAGCAGACUCGACAAAGAAGUGGUAUGUAGAGAAGUUUGGGGCUGAAAAUCUUGCUGAAAGAUGGCGUAUGGUGCCAUAUGUCUAUUGAGUGCAUCAGCGUUUGCCAAACAUGCUGCCCAAUGUACCACCAAGCUUCGACACCUUUAGGACGUCCCUGUAUGUGAGACUAAGCCGGGUCCUCCGUUCAGAUCGAUGAUUCUGGAUGUUAGAAGAUGUCCGCAAGAGAUCCCAGUUUGCUACAGUAGAUGAGCCAAGAUCUACGUCAUCUGUAACGUUUGCAAUACCGUGCAUAAAGUCCGCAUAUAUUUGGUCCGUUGUGAUAAGAAGACUGCGAGGUUCCUGUAAGAUCUUCCACUUU